AUGCGUAAUUUUGGAGACUCUGAGGUGGUAUCCAGUCACUCCGUUAUCAAUUCCCCGACGCGUCAGCAAGACGAUGAAUACAGAGGGUAUCGUAUCCCUGCCAAUAGCACAGUGUAUAAUAACGUGUAUGCGAUCACUCGAGAUGAGAGCAUGUUUCCUGACCCAGAGAAAUUCAUUCCGGAGAGGUUUGACGAAAGGCAGAAGACAUGCGGGCCACUGAGCCCACGGGAUAUUAUAUUUGGCAUUGGAAGACGUGUCUGCCCCGGCCAAUUUAUAGCGGACACUUCUAUUUUCCUGGUCAUGUCGGGUAUCCUGGCGACAAUGGAUAUUACAAAAGCGCGAGACGGAAUGGUGAUGAGAUUGAGCCAGAGAUCUUACGGGGCCCAGCCCUCGUGUGCCAACUACGACCUUUCAAGUGCUCAAUUAGUCCCCGUCAAAGAAUGUGAUUGA